AUGUCUUUAGAAACAGAAAAAGCAGUCAAUUCUGAUAAUCUCAUCAUUCCUAUAAUAAACUUCUCACACUUCCUAACCGGCACCCCCUCUCAACGUCUUCAAACCGCUCAAUCCAUCCUCCACGGUUUCCGCACCGCAGGAUUCAUCUACCUUUCCCACCACCCCAUUCCCCUCCCCGUCCUCACCCACACCUUCUCCACCUCCGCCACCUUCUUCGGUCGACCCUCUUCUCAAAAAGAUCCCCUAGCAUGGACUACCCCCAUCGCAAACAGAGGCUAUGUAGCCCAUGGCCGCGAAAAAACAACCACACUUACCGAUAAAGAGAAAGUUGCAGCACUCAAAGCCCAAGCGCCAGAUUUAAAAGAGAGUUUUGAGAUAGGGAGGGAGGGACAAGACGAGUUACCUAAUAAUUGGCCACCGGUUACUCCUGAAGAUGUCGAUGCAAAGAAAUUCAAAGAAACCAUGCUUUGUUUCCACGACUUAUGUAAAGAAUUGCAUAUAAACGUUAUGCGCGCCAUAGCAAUUGGAAUGGAUCUCCCGGAAUCUUAUUUCGACGGUUAUACCAGUGCGGGUGAUAAUACAUUACGAUUGUUGCAUUAUCCACCUGCAAAAGCAAGUGUGUUUAAAGAGAACAAGUUGCAGGUGAGGGCUGGGGAACACACUGAUUAUGGAAGUAUUACACUGCUUUUUCAGGAUGAUAGAGGAGGGUUACAGGUCAAGAGUCCAAAGGGAACAUUUGUGGAUGCGACGCCAGUGCCGGGGACGGUGGUGGUUAACGCGGGGGAUCUGUUGGCGAGGUGGAGUAAUGAUUUGAUUAAGAGUACGUUGCAUAGGGUUGUGGAACCACCCCAGGAGACGAAGGAGACGAAGGAAGAGAAGGAAGAGAAGGAAGAGAAGGAAGGAAAGGAAAUUGGGAAAGAAGAGGUUUACCCGGCAAGAUAUAGUAUUGCGUAUUUCUGUAAUCCGAAUUUCGAUCGCAUGAUUGAAGCAAUUGAGGGGACGUAUGGGGGAGAACUUGGGGAGAGGAAAUAUGAGGGGAUUAAUUCGGGGAAGUAUUUAGUGCAAAGAUUAGCGGCUACUUAUUAA